UUAAGAUUUUUUCAAACCUGUCUCGUCUUUGUGUCUUCCUCAUUGAACCGCCGAGAAGACAACACAAUAUGAUCUCUGUAAUCUCUUCAAACAACCAUUGGAUUCUAUCCCUCAAGCUCCUCCUCCUCUCCUCCGCCAUGCUUUCCAUGGCGGUAGUGCUCAAAUUCUCCGUUCCGGUAGUCGCCGAUAUCCUCGUCUCCGACGUUCCCGCCGUUUGGAGCUCCAUACUCUCGUGGUUAAGGCCUCCUUACCUUUACCUGCUCGUUAAUUUCAUCAUCAUCACUAUUCUCGCCUCUUCCAAGCUCCACCAGGACCUCGUGGAUCCGACGCCGGCGGUUGUUUCGGUUUCGGCGCCUGCUGCGAAGCUGUCCGAUGAUUCACGAGCAGAUUUCAUAGUUCGUGUAGCCGUCGCCGACGUUCGCAUUAAGAGCGCUUCCGAUGAGUAUGAAAACUUUGCGAUGGAUGUUCCGGAAAAUUAUGAGAAAUCGGAUGUAGAAUUGGUGUGCUCCAGGGUUUCAGAUAGAGAAAAUCAAGAAAACGGCGAGAAAUUAGAUCGUAGCGGUUUACAGAAAGAGGAUUCGGUGGAGAUUUCGUUUCAGAAAUACGAAAAGAAGCCGCCGAUUUCUUCGAAGGUCGGUGAUCGGAAAGCUCCAAAACCUACUCCUCCUCCCGCAGAAAAUAAAGAAAGCGGCGAGAAAGCUGAUCGUAGCGGUUCGCAGAAAGAUCAGGAUUAUUCGGUGGAGAUUUCGUCGUUGCAGAACUACGAAAAGAAGCCGCCGAUUUCUUCGAAGGUCGGCGAUCGGAAAGCUGCAAAACCUACUCCUCCUCCUGCAGGCGCGCUUCUCUUUUUCCCUCUCUCGAUAACGCUUGAUUUUGUUCAGAAACUGCAGAAUCUGUUAUGGAAGGGCACAAUCGUAAUUAAUUUUAUAACUGGGGAGUGUGAAGCAGAUAUGUCAUUCUUUAUGAGUCCAGUGAAGAUUGACGUGGAGAAAUUUGACGGAAUGAUCAACUUUGGCUUGUGGCAAGUGCAAGUUAAGGAUGUGCUGAUACAAUCUGAGUUACACAAGGCGUUGAAGGGAAGACCGAGUGAAGGUGCUUCGGAAAAGCUAAGCGAUGAUGGUGGUCCAAUGGAGUCCAGUGGUGGUUCCAGCAGAGGUUCUAAGAAGUCUAGCAUGAGUUAUGAAGAUUGGGAGGAAAUGGAUUUGAGAGCUGCAAGCGCGAUACGAACAAGUUUGGCUAAGAAUAUUCUUGCGAAUGUGCAUAGAAUUUCGACAGCCAAAGAACUUUGGGAGAAGCUCGAAGCGUUGUAUCAGGCAAAGGGCAUCUCAAAUCGGCUGUACCUGAAGGAGCAGUUUCACACGCUGCAAAUGGAGGAAGGUAUGAAAAUUUCAGAUCAYCUGAGUAAUCUCAAUAGCAUCAUCUUUGAGCUAGAGGCGAUCGAAGUGAAGAUAGAUGACGAAGAUAAAGCACUCAGGCUCAUCUUAUCACUUCCAYCUUCUUAUGAACACAUGAAGCCGAUCUUGAUGUAUGGGAAGGAUACUUUGAAUUUUGCUGAGGUUACUAGUAAACUUUUGUCAGAGGAAAGAAGGCUGAAGAGUGAAGGGCGUACUUCACAUGAAGAUUCGGCACUGGUAGUUAGCAAUUGGAAGAAGAAGAAAGACUCCGUACAAAAGAAAGCUUGUUGCUGGGGAUGCGGACAGUCUGGACACAUGAAGAAAGAUUGUCCCAACCGGUUCGUCAAAGGGCUUUGGGCGGGAUGCUGA